AUGGAUUCAGAGUACACAUUAGUGAAUGAAGCAACAAGUAUCCUAAACAAGAUUGUUGCUGCAAAGAAAUUUCCUGCAGAUAUGGUGGAUGCAAUUUCGAAUGUGAAAAUCAUUUCAUCUCUAGGCAAGGAAAAGCCAUUUAUCCCAACAAGCCUUAAAUUAACAGAAACAAGUACUGCUCUUUGGUCGGUAAUCGGCGGCAUGUCUCAUGCUAUAUUGAGAGAUAGGUUUCAAGUUGAGUCAAAAGUUGAAGUUUCAACGGAUUUUGCGACCCUCUUUUUAGCAUCAUGCCUAGUUAUUAAAUUUGACAACAAAGGUGUAAUGGAUGAGUCUCUUGCAGAAAGAGUAAAUAUAUAUGAUAAAGGAAACAUUGCAGAUAGUUAUAGGUCUGCUUGUACUGCAAUUUAUGAGACCAAGGACAAAAAGUGGUUCCAUCUCCAUGGUAGUAUGAAUCCUGAUAAAUCUCUACAAAUGUUGAAUUUGCCUAUGAAUAUGGAUCUGUUAACGAGUGAAGAAAUUUCACAGACUUAUAUUGAUGAAGUUGUUAAGUAUGAUUCGGAAUGGUUGGAUAUUACAGCAAAUGAACAUUUCAGACAAGCUGGUACAAUUUGCCAGACAUACGAGGAAUACUUAUCGUCUCCACAGGGUGAAGCAAAUAAAUCAACCACUCUUUACGAUACCAAAAAAAUCAAUUCUAAUUUACCACCAGUUCCUUGGAAUAACACAGAGUCAAAAAAACCUUUAGCCGGUAUUAAGGUUAUCGAUGUUAGUCGUGUAAUCGCUGCACCUGUUAUGUCUCGUAUAUUGGCCUACCUAGGUGCCGAUGUUAUUCGAGUAUCUAAUACAGAUGAUUUGCCGGACUAUACUGUACCUUUGUUUGAUGGGAAUUUGGGAAAAAAGGAUGUCCACCUUAACUUGAAGAAUCAGGAAGACAAAGAGACCUUAAAAAGUCUCAUUCAAGAUGCAGACGUAUUUAUUGAUGGGUAUCGACCAGGUACCCUAGAUAGACUUGGUUUCAGUAGAGAGUACAUUCAGUUCUUAGCUAGAAAUAGGGGUCAAGGUAUUAUCCAUCUUAGAGAAAAUUGUUAUGGAUGGAAUAAUGGCCCAUUAGAUCAUCGCUCUGGUUGGCAACAGAUAAGUGAUUGUACUACUGGAGUCACAAUGGCUCAAGGUAAAUUCAUGGGUAUUAAUAAACCAGUGUUGCCUCUUUUCCCCAAUUCAGACUAUUCGACAGGGACUGCCGGGGCUGUUUCUAUUUUGCUGGCAUUGUGGUUGAGAACUAAGGAGGGUGGUUCUUAUAACAUAUCUAUCUCCUUGAAUGCAAUUAAUCAAUUUAUUUUAUCAUUAGGUGAAUUACCCAAACUAGAACAAACAAAACUUCAUAAAAAGUACAAUAUAGGUAAAAAUGCUGGCUUUGAAAUUCAACCAUUUCAUUCGGUGACUGAAGUUGCCUUAAAUACAUUAGACGCAAUUUCGGAAGCCUUUGAUUCCGAAUUUACUACAGGCUUAUCCAGAUUUGACGAAUUACCUUCAAAAUGGGAAACCUACGAAGAAAACAUCCAAUUUCCUAAAUGCCCUAUAACUUUCGACAAAAAUAUCUCUAUUGGGUAUAAUUGUGGCUCUGGUAAAGCUGGUAUUUACAAACCCAAAUGGGACACAUACGAAAUAAUUUGA